CAAGUACUGAUGUACACAACAUCAGCGCCAGUCUUACCCCUCCGUCGUGCGUGCGUGUGUUCUUCUGGCGUCACUGUAAUUUUAAUUCGGUUUUCGGUUGUUUUUGCUCUUCUGGAUAAAAUAACAACAAUAUAUAUAGAUUACGUAUUUCUUUUUGUUGUUGUUGUUAUUAAUGGUUUAAACGUAUUACGAAUUGCUUUUUUGCUUUUUAGUAUUUUUACUCGCCGCGAAAAAGUGCGUUUGUGGCUUGUGCCGGAUACUUGGCUUGUGUGCGCCCAACGAUGUUGUUUUGUGAUCCCUUGCAACGUUAUUUAAAAACAUAAUACCUAAUUAUAUUAUCACAACGAUUGUGAUAAAUGAUAAUGUUCUAAAGUUUAAAUUUUAAUUACAUAUCGCCGUGUGAAUGAGCUUUGAGCGCCUCUUAUACAUAUAGGUAAUAAUUUUAUACAAAACGUAUUUUCUAAUGAUGCGUUACUUGCUUCGUCGUGGUGUCCGAUCGGAAAUCUGAUGGGUACUUGGGCAGCUGUAACUUAAACGAAAUCCACGACAAUUGGUCAAAAAUUUUGAUGAGUGUCAAAAGUCAUGCAGAAAAUCAAAGGGAUAUGUUUGGAACAUCCGUCAUGUGUCGGUCAUACUCUACCAUAUCAACUGUGCAGUGAUGGUAGCUGCGGCAGCAUAUUCGGACAAGGAAAAGCCUCCAUGAAUAAUCUGAAAAAUGCCUCGCUCUGCCUUUACGCACUUUAUGUCGGUCAUCUGAUACGGCAUGACGACCGAAUCAACCGACCAGCCACUGCAAUCUGCUGGGCCCUUGUUCACAGACCCAAACGCCCGAUAUCGGUGCGCGUCUAAUGAUCCAUCUUGUAGUCAUGGCGUCGUCGCUCGACCGGCGACUGCCGCUAACAUGAACCAAGUGCCGAAAGGUUACUGUUACUCGACCGAUAAUAAUCAAACUGUCAACAGUGAGUGUGAUAAAAGUUAUCACUGUCCUAACUCAACUGCAGUUGUCACUUUGACAAAUAACAUUGUUUCAACCCCAGCAGCUUUUGUGUCUUCAAUAACUGUACCUGCAGGAUGGAGACGAAUUCACAAUAAAGGAGUCAUACAUUAUAUAAGUCCUAGCAACGCAGUUCUAAAUUCGUUGGAUCAAGCUAAAAUAUAUUUGCAAACUCAGGGUACAUGCAAAUGUGGACUUGAAUGUCCUUUUCAGUGUGAACACGUUUUUAAUUUCGACGCAAAGGUAAUGACGAAACCUACGUCGGGCCUCAACACUAUGACCAAUCUUUGCAAUCAUAAGAGAAAAAUGAUGUUUAACAAUCCCGAAAAUAGAUUUAGCAAAUAUUCCUUAGAAAUGGCAGAAAAUCGAAAAAAAAGAAAACUUUCUGGUGUCCAACAACAAUAUUCAUUUCCUCCUUAUGAAGGUGAAAAAGCCGGAAAAGAAAACUUCUCACAAGUUUCAAAUUCUCAUCAAAUGCAAUGGCCAGAUCAAUCUACUGUUCCUAGUCAAAUAAGAUUUUCGUCUCAAGGAACAUCUGCAAUGUUAAAUCCUCAAUCUCCGCAACCUAUAUUGAAUACUCAAGGACCAGAAGUAAUGUCACAAGGUAUGCAGCAUGUAGUGCCAAAUCCUCAAACUCCACCAAUACUAAACCAAAGUUCAUCUGUGAUGUCAAAUUCCCAAGGACCAAUUAUGCCUAAUUCUCAAAGUGCAAUGAUGUCAAAUCUUCAAGGAACUGUGAUGCCAAAUUCUCAAGAAAAUGUAAUGCCUAAUCCUCAAGGAACAAUGAUACCAAAUACCCAAUCCCAAUCAAUGGGCUUGGGAAAUCCAAGAGUUCCUCACUACCCAAACCAUUCAUACCAGCAAGACCUUGGAUAUGAACAAUCAUAUCGAAACGGUUAUAGGUAUAACUCCCCUCAAUGUAGAUCUCAUGAAACAACUGCAUUACAACCGGACUCUUCAUGUCAACCACAUCACCAACAAUAUCAAAAUGAAAUGGCAUCACAAGAAUAUUAUCAAAAAAAUACGCAUAGUAUGUACCAAACAGAACAGAUGCAAUAUAAUAAUUAUGAUAGUCUAAGAACCCAAGGGAGUUGCCGUUUCAAUUGUUCUAGUCAUUGUGGACACUAUUGUAAUUCGAGUGAUCAAAAUCCUAGUUAUGGUAACCAAAUAAACUCAUAUCAACAGCAACCACAGUCACAGCCUAUACGACAGAAUGAAUCUACAAAUCAUGAAUAUUAUCCUGAUAUGUACCAAGAUCAAAAUAAUUAUACAGAAUCUUAUCCAGACAAUAGAAAUAAUCCAACACAAGAAUAUCCAUCACAGUAUGAAUAUGAGCCUCAACCUCAGUCACAGUGUCAUCAUCAUAUGGAUUGUAAUUUAAAAAAUAAUGUUUGUACUACAAUUAAUAACCAAAGUCCUGUUGAGGCUCCACAGAUAAGACCACUAACUCCACAAGUUAAACAAGUACAACAACAAAUAAACACACAAAAUAUACAACAAUCAAUUACAAAACAAUUAAGACCUCAACAUAAAUCAACACCUCCCUGGCAGCUUAAUAAACAUCAACAAAUACCGCAACAACAAAUACCGCAACAACAAAUACAGCAACAACCUAUACAGCAACAACAAAUACAUCAACAACAAAUACAGCAACAACCUAUACAGCAACAACAAAUACAUCAACAACAAAUACAGCAACAACAAAUACAGCAACAACAAAUACAGCAACAACAAAUACAGCAACAACAAUUACAGCAACAACAAAUACAGCAACAACAAAUACAGCAACAACAAUUACAGCAACAACCACAUAUACAGCAACAACAACAUAUACUGCAACAUGAAUGUUCUAAACAAGUAGUUGAGGAUCGAGUACCUCCCAUCCAUCAUCAUAUUCCCCAAGUUUCCAGAGUAGAAGAAAAAAAUCGAAAGCCACUUAAACAAUCUACUAAAACUGUUAAUUUUGGUAGAAAAUCUAAGUCUCCAUCUGAAGAGGACAGUUACCCAUCAUUUUUGGAUGAUCCAAGCGGCUAUUUAGCACAACAGACAGCUCUACUGAAUAAUACAAUAAGUACCAAUUCAUUUUCACCAUUAUCUCCUCCUGCAAGACCAUACAGACAAGAAAAACCUAGGUACACAACAAAUGUUACAACAAUGGCUAGUGGUCGAACAGCUAGUUCAAAUACAAUUACUUCAGUGCUGGCUGGUAGAGCCAAUACAUCUGUGGUAACGGUGAACACAUCUGAAGACCAAAUGUUACCACCUAGUCGUCAACAACCAGUCACAUCCAAAACACCCUUAGAAAUGGUACAAAGUGUUGUAAGCAGCAUACAAGUUCCUACGUCUUCAGAAAAAUCAAGUAUUCAACCAAGCCAUAUAUUAUUGACAAGCAAUGGACAAUUUAUAAUGGCGUCAACUAAAAUACAAUCACCAAAUACUUCCCAAGUUCUUUCAACAGUGCAACAACAACCUACUGUCCUUGUAAAUACUUUACAGGGAGGUCAAAGUACCUUACUACUUCAGCCCGGAAAUGUUAUGACUGUUGAUCAAGUACAGGUACCACAACUUGCUGUUGCUACAGGAAAUAUAGAUAAUAGUGGAGCAUUUUCACCAAGAGGCUCAAAUCUAUUAUCUCCGCCAGAUUCCAAACGUAAAACUAUUAAUUCUAAAAAACGAAAAUCACCCCAAAUAUCUCCUAAUCAUCAGAACAAUUCUAGUGUAUUGUUACAACCUCAACAGCAAAACUUUAAUCAGCCUGUUGUUCAAACAUUAAUACUUCCAAAUAAAACCACCCAAUAUGGUAACCAACAACUGAUAACAAAUGUGAUACAACCUGUUAGUCUUGUUCAUAAUCUUCCAUCUAUCCAACAAUUCAUUGUACCAGCAAAUUUAGGUGGUGUAGUUAUGGCCGACAAUUCCAUUCUACAAGACGCAGUACAAUUAAAUGUUAUAUCCCCAUUUUCUAAUACUGGUCAAAAUUUAUUACCUACUGGAAUGGUUUUAAGGACCCCUCAAACACAACAAAGAACACAACAAAGUAAUCAAUUUAUUGUAAAUAGUGUUGGCCAAUUGAGCCCUAUUUUAGCUAGCUUGAGCCCUAAUCAGUCACAAAACCAGAAUAGGAAUCAGCAGCAAAAUGAUUACAUACAUGUAGUACCAUGUUCUAUUCAACAAAAUCAAGAAAAUACCACUGUAGUUCAACAAAACACAACCAUCGUUCAACAGCAGAUGACCAUGGUAUCUGGACAACAAGGCAACGAGCAAGGCAAUUUAAUUAUAAAUGAAAAACAAGGUCAAAAUUACAUUAUUGCCGAUAAUAAACAACAAGGGUUUAUUCUGAGUCCUAAAGAUAAGCAACAGUCGGGUGGCACACAUUUUAUUUUAAAUAAUAUGAAUUCUGAGAAGCAAACCCAAAGUUUUAUAAUUACAAGUCCAACUUCUGGCGAUAAACAGCUUUGUGGAAAUUUCAUUCUUGAAAAAACCAAUUCAUCAGGGAAUUUCAUUAUUACUACAACAAAUUCUGAUAAAAAUUCUAAAUUUGCUAAACACUCUGUGUCUACACAAACUGCUACUGGACAACAAGUGUUACAGAUUUCAUCUACACCAGCCCUAAUUGUUGCUACAAAUCGUAAUGCAUAUGUUGGUAGCCCACCUGAUACAACAACUUUAAGUCCUGUAAGUGGACAAAGUCCUUCAGCUAAACCAGAAAUGCCUUCAAGUUCUAUUACAGCUGAUUUGGACGCUGCAUUAUCACCAUCAUCAACAUUAUCUGAUAUGCAAAAUAGACAACCAAUGGUUCAUUGUAUUUCAAGUAGUAACGUAGUGGAUUGGUCUGAUAAUUCAGCAGACGAAAGAAAGACUAUAUCCAAUGCUUCUGACUCACCAAACAUGUACUCCAUUGAACAUUCAUUUCCUAGAUGAUACAAUAUCAUAAGCAAAUAUUUGGCACAAGAAAAUCCAACCACAAGGUAAUGAUGCACAUCUUGGCCAUCAAAACAAGUUCCUAUAAAAAAAUUUAAAAAUAAUAAUAACAAUAUUGUGUUGUUUAAGAGAAACUACAAUCUGUAAUUUUAAAAGAUGUAUAAUAUUUCCUAAAUAAGUUAGGUUAUUAUAUAUUAUUGCAAUGUAAUGUUCCUCUGAUCGAGGCAUAUUUUAUAAAUAUUAUUUUGUGUGUUAAUACGUUUGUUAAAAAAAAAAAUUAACAAUCGUUAAACGAAGUUCUUGAGAACAUAUUCUUUUUAAUUUAACGGUCAGCCUUUUUCUGUUUCCUCAAAUUUCCUAAAUUUUUACCUCAAGUAUAAUAGAACAGCUUCUAAUUUAGAGUUAAUAAUAAUAAUCAAAAUCUGAAUUAGUUCAUAAAAUUAAUUAUUUUUUAUUCAAUACAUUUACGCAGUACAUUUAAAAAAUUAUUCCUUAAAUUAAAAUUCAAACAAAUUAGUUAUUUAUUUUAUUUUAUGUUUAAUGAGUAAUGUUUAGAUAUCAUUUUCAAUACCAAAAUAUUUGUUGUAUCAAUUGGGCAGGUAUCAGAAUUUAAGAAAUCACUAAUAAAUUUAACAAAUUUGUAUUUGAUAAAAGAAACAAUUGGAAUUGAUUAAAUAUUAUAUUUUUAAGUAUUUUAAAUAUUCAAUACCCUGUUUAUUCACAAACCAAAUACAGAAUGAAAUUCUUAAGAACUUCAGCUGCAAAUGAUUUAAAUUUUUUUUUAAUGUGAAUAACUUAUUCUCUGUACGUACUUUUUUAUGAUCAAGUAACAGAAAUAUUUAUUUUAAAAUUCAGCCCAUGAUAUUCGUUUUUAGGUCUAGUUAUGUCUAAUGCUUAUUGAAUUUACCAUCUAAUUUAUUAGAUUACUUAAGUAUUACCUGUCUAAUGCCAGGUUGCAUGAACCAUCACUAAAUAUUUAAUGAAUCUGAUUUAGUGGCCCAUGAGUGUCCAUUAAAUUUUAUUGAACCAUUAAAUUAAUAUAUUUUUCAUGCAACCCGGCAUAAUCAUUGUAAAUAUAUAUAUAUGUAUGUAUAUUAUUAUUAUGUUUAAUAUCAAAUUAACAUCAUUGAUAUUUUAUGAAAAUACUUUUAAUGAUAUUUGAAAUUACAUUUUUGACAUUUUACGUAUUAUAUUGAGACUUAAAAUUGUAUUCAUUUUUUUACUUAUUACAAAAUUAUUUUUAAAAUGCAGACCAUUGGUUUUUGUAAAAUUUGAAACUUUCUGGAAAAAGAAAUUUUUCUAGCAAUACAAUGUAUGAUAUGUAAUUUUGUUUUUUAAAGUUAUUUUCAAAUAUCAACCACCGAAAUAUUUUUUUUAAAUAGAGCAGGAAAUAGAGUGAUAUACCUGUAUAAAUAUUAUAUUAUAUUUAACAUAUUAUGUAUAUAAUCAAAUUAUUCAAUUGUAUUAACAAAUACAAUUUAGACUGUAUAUUUUAUAUUUUUAAAGCUAAUAAGAUGUUACUUGUUAGAACAUUACUAUCGUGUAUUAAAAUUUAAGAAAAUCAUUUAUUAAUUAUUAUUGACAAAUUAAUCGAAAUCUGUGAUUUUAUGUUUCGUUUAAAAUUAUUUUUUCUUAUGAUAGUCUUUGUAUAUUACUGUUUUAUUAUUAUUUUUUCUUUUUUUGUUGCACGUUUAAAUUUUUUAAGUUUAUUUAUUACUUUAUUUUGAAAAAACUUGCUCCUUCUACGAAUGAAUGUUGUAGUUAUGAUAUUAUGCCUACACAUAUUUAAUAGUUUUACUUAAUUUAUUUUACUCUCAUCAUCUUUAACUGACAAUGAUACCUAUUCUCUUGCAUACCAAAAUAUUUACUGUAGUCGUCUAUAUUAAAAUAAGUCGUUAAAAGUUAUUGUUGAAGAAAUAAGUUGUACAGUUUUAUAUAUAAAAAAAAAAAAUAAUAAUGUACAAAACUCAAUAAUAUUCUGGAUUUUUUUUAUACUCAGUCCACAUCUAUUUCACAUAGUCCAUAGUUGGAAUACAUCAUAUUAUCAUAGGCUUUACAAUUAUACAUGUACUGAAAAAAUCCUUACUUAAAAUGUACAUGCUAAAAAUAUAUAAACUAUGUGUACUUGAAUAAAUGAAGUGUACUGUUAUUUUUUAAUUAUAUAUAAUAUGUUGUUUUAACACUAUAAAACUAGUUUUGACAAUA